AUGGCAUUGUCCGCCCGUCACUUAAGUUGUACCACUGCUUUCAACACAUUUGUAUCAGAUCGGUACUAUCAAGCGUGCCUGAAGACAUUGAUACCAGCAUUGAAUGACCAUGGGGUUACCAUGGAUGACGAUUUGCUAGCGGCGACCGUGAUUCUCCGACUGUUAGAGGAGUUUGAUGUCCCACUGGCUGGGUCUGAUCUUCGAGGCCAUUCCUUUGGCACCAAGGCUUUCAUUCAGGGUCCUCCCCCGUCCGCGACGACAACCCCAAGCCUACGGCAAGCGGUCUACUGGAGUGGUCUUCGCCAGGAAAUUUUUAACGCACUAAGCCUGCAACAGGCCCCAGAUAUCGAUCUCAGUUCUCUCCACUCUCUAUUUUUCGCCCUGGGGCCGGAUGCUGGAGACUGUGCCUGGGCCAACCAGGCGAUCGCCCACUGUGCAGAUGUCCUCCUCUUCUCCUUUGGCAUGGGUCCACACUCAGUGGCCGAGCAUGACAAUCUGCGAAAGCAAAAUAAUGAAUGGCGCGACGGGCGACCGGCAUCCUUCGACCCCUAUUUUGUUGGCGAGGACGUUGAGGUAGGUGUUAGGUUUCCUGAUAUUCGGUUUGGCUCUCCCUGGCAUGGUAGGUUCUCCGACUGCAAUGACCUCUCCGGUGCUCCACAGAAGUCUGACCUGUCUUUAGCAAUAGGAAACCAAUAUAACGUAUUGGCCCGAGUUCUGCUCUCCGUACACAACCCUAGCAUCCCGACCGUUGGGUAUUUGCGGAGGCGACUUGCCGCGGAGGCCGAUUUCCAAAUCCGUAAGGGGGUAUGGACCGUGUGUGGUGUGGCGCUAUCUAACUCUUCUGUCCCUCCUGCGAUGGUUGUUGGAUGCAUGGCCAUUCAUCUCUGUGGUCAUCGAUUCACAGAUCGACAGGAACAGAACCGGUUAAUCCAAGUUUUGACCAAAACCUCCGGUCGGCACGGCUGGCCAACCCAUUUCCUCGAGCGUCAACUUCGCGACACAUGGGGCAUGGCAUGA